AUGUACAAUGCGAAUGCGUACAUGCACCCAUACAACCCGAAUUUCUACCCACAACCUCAGCAGAUCCCUCCGCAAUACCACGCCCCUGCUCUUCCUCAUCAACAUCAACAUCAACAUCAACACCAAUACAACCCAUAUCCUCCCUAUAUCCGAUCUCCUCCACCUCCAAUGCAGCAUUAUGCUCAUCCCCCAAUGCCCCAGCCUCAGCAAUCCUAUGCUCCCCCACCUCAUCCAGCUCCUCGACCUCAGCAAUCGCCGUCGGUCUCAACGCCCUAUAGCCUCCCACCUCCGCAAACCCCAUCUUCCACCCGGUCGUCUCAUACCGUCCCAGGUCCGAUGACACCCCCAACCCCACACACAACAUUGAGCGUUGCACCAUCCCCUCCUCAAGAGCCCCCGCUAGAAACCUUUAGAGCUCCGCUUCCAUGGCUUUCAAGACCCGACCUUCCUUGGCCAGCGAGACGGGCGCGCAGAAAACGAAGACAAACCCCAGAGCUCUCAGCAGAACCUGUCGAACUUCCUAGUAUUCAGCAAGGUGCACGCCCUGAGGACGAGAAUGAAACCGAAGAAUCCGCCCCAGCAGCAGCAGCCCGGCCCGAGACACCCUUGACCAGCCACCCCCACUCGGAGGCAACAAAUUCGACUAAUCCUACUACGCCCUCUUCAAUAAACAAUGCUUCCAUUCUAGCUGCAGGAGAUACCACACCAGUAGCACCAAAGCCUUCGCAAAAACCUAGAGCCCCAGCUGUACCAGUAGUUCCCGCAUUACCAAAAACCGCUCCUCGAGAUAUCCCCAAGCAAACCCCCGAGCAGCCUAGAGAGGAAGCACAAUUACAAACAAUUACUCCAGGUGCCGGCGACGAUGAGAGCAAGACUACUGACUCCAUUGAGCAGACGCUAACCGAUGAUGUUGCAAUCACGCCUCCGCCAAAGGCUUGGACAACCCCGAAGCUCUGGACAGGUCUUUUCAAUGAUGGUGCACCAGCUCAUACUUCUGCCACAGUUGAAUCUGGUCUCGCAAGUGUCACCAGCUUUUCUAAAACGAAUGCCGAAUCUGUGGCGGAGGCGCUCAGGUCCUAUAGCCCCUCAUCAAGCGACUCGAAAGUAGCCUUUUUAAAACCCCGCGGCCUCAUUAAUACCGGUAAUAUGUGCUAUAUGAAUUCUGUUCUACAAGUCCUCAUCUCAUGUGCUCCGUUCUAUACCUUCCUCGACCAAGUUUCUAAUCGGGCAGCCUAUAGCUUCAAAAGCGAAACUCCAUUGAUUGAUGCAAUGAUCAUGUUCAUGAGAGAAUAUCCUGUUAUCGACUCUGCUCCAUCCGUUGAGAAACUUCGGAUGCGGUUGAAGGAUGGUGAACUAGAGGAGUAUGGCGAACCUUUCACGCCAGAUUUUAUUUACGAUGUCAUCAAAGCCCUACCGAGAUUCUCAAGCAUGCGGCGUGGCCACCAGCAAGACGCCGAAGAAUUUCUAGGAUUUUUACUUGAAGGGCUCCAUGAUGAGUGUGUCCAGGUGAUGAAGGCAAGCGCUUCAAGCACAACAUCGGCCAUUGCCACGCCCACCAAUGGCCCUUCAUCCCCAGCCAGCGAGGUUGCUCAUACCACCGAAACUCUCCCGGAGAAAGAUAAUGGUUGGCUGGAAGUUGGACCAAAGCAGAAGGCGGCCGUUACUCGCUCAUCCGGAACUAUCAUCACUGGUUCUCCCAUUACUAAGAUUUUUGGAGGAAGCUUAAGAUCAGAAUUACGAGUUCCGGGUUUAAAGGACUCAGUUACUCUUGAGCCAUACCAGCCCUUACAGCUUGACAUUGGAGCCCCGAAUGUAAACAAUAUCGUUGACGCUCUGAAGGGCCUUACACGCUCUGAAGCCCUCCAUGGGGAUUUCAAGUCUCCAAAGGGGCCUAAUGUCACUGCGACCAAGCAAGUCUUCAUUGAGACUUUGCCAUCGGUCCUUAUCCUUCACCUCAAACGCUUCCAGUACGACUCCUCUGGCGGUACUCAGAAGAUUUGGAAGAACGUCGGAUAUCCUCUAGAAUUGGAGAUUCCGAAAGAGGUCUUCCCUCGGCAGAAGCGCAGCGUCUAUGCACAUAGAGGCCUUCCUAAAUACCGCUUGAUUGCGGCUGUCUAUCACCACGGCAAGAAUGCUAGCGGUGGACACUACACUGUUGAUGUUAGGAGACAAGAUGGGCGGGAAUGGAUUAGGCUCGAUGACACCGUCAUCAGGCGGGUGAGGAGCGAAGAUGUUGCUGAAGGAGGCAGCGAAGAAGAUCCAAAGGUGCUUGCCGCUGCUUUGCAGGAGCAUCGCAAAGACAAGCCGUCAUCAGGCAAUCUGUUCUCCAGCAUUGAUGACGAGGAUGAAGCCACUGGCGAAGAAGGCUGGAAACAGGCGAGCGGCCCGGGAAAGAAGUGGUCGAGCGUGGUGAAUGGUGUCUCAACACCGAAAUCGAAGAGCGAUAAGUCAUCGAUUAAGGACAACAAGGUUGCAUAUCUCUUGUUCUAUCAAAAGAUAUGA